GUGGUGCCCUGGUGCUACCUAGCUCGAGCCCGCCACUACCAUAGGUGCCCGCCAGGAGCAUCCAACUUCCACUUUCCGGUUCCCCGUCCUGCCCGACUGAGGUGCCACCACCCAAUUCUCCCGUCCGGCAACCUUAAGUAACGUCGCCUUUGGUCGCCGAUAACCUCUACCGUGGAGGUACACGAUACCGCUCGACACCGACACCUCCCCGUUUCCCGCUCCAUUCCUCGGCGGGAGAAGCCCGAUGCUAUACACCCUCUUCAAGUCGAUUCGCAGGCGGUGACUAGUCACCCUCAACAUGGCAAGUAGGACGAGGGCAGGUUCCCUUGGGUCGAUCGAGUCCAAGCACGGCUUGAUCGGGUCUGUUUCGAGGUGGUGGACGAGAUCAUACACUUCGGACUGGGUCGCUUUCUCCCUCCUCCUCGUCGGAUACAUCUACAUCGCGGCUUUCGUCGAGCCUUUCCACCGAUUAUUCACCAUUAAUGAUAUUCGUAUUUCGUUUCCUCAUGCCGAGGUUGAGCGGGUGCCUCUCGCCCACCUCUUCGGCUACGUCCUCUUCCUCCCUCUGGCCCUCCUCACCCUAACCAACUACCUCCUCUCCUCCCCGCGGCACAUGCACCACCUCACCACUUUAGGUUUCCUAACCUCCAUAAUCCUCACCACCUUCCUCACGGACCUCAUCAAAAACAUGGUCGGCCGCCCUCGUCCCGACCUGAUCGACCGAUGCCAACCCGACCCUUCCACCCCUCCAAACAAACUCAUCAGUGUCGAGGUAUGCACGCAGACAGACCACCACACCUUGCACGACGGCUGGCGCAGUUUUCCCAGUGGGCAUAGUAGUUUUGCGUUUUCCGGGUUGGGGUACCUGGCGCUUUUCUGGUGUGGGCAGUUCAGAGUGUUUGCGAGCAGUUCUCCUCCUCCGUCUUCUUCUCCUGGAAUCAUGGAGGGCAUGGAAAAGGUGCUGGUCCGUCGGGAUUUGCUGAAAGCGUUACUUUGCCUCAGUCCGUUGCUGGGGGCGUUGAUGAUCGCCAUUAGCAGGUGCAUGGAUUACCGACAUGAUGUGGAGGAUGUCUGUGUGGGCGCGGUGAUGGGGUGGGUGAUUACGUAUUGGAGUUAUAGGCGGUAUUGGCCGAGGUUGAGCAGUGUGAGGAGUGAGGAGCCUUAUUCGGGGAUGACGGGGGAGCGGGGCGGGGAUGGGGUCCAGAGUAGUGGGAGGUAUGGGAGGGUGAGGGAUGAGGAGGAGGGGGUCAUCGGAGGAGGGUUUCAGCGAAAUAUAUCUUGAUUUGAUACUGUAAUGUAUCUUGCUUGCGCCAGAUGUGCGUGUACACUCGAAACUUUUGCCUUCUUCAGAUAUGGCAGCUUUCGAGCACGGGGAACGUCAAAGAGCAUAUAGCUGGGAGUUGGAGACCCAUGUUUGUAUAUCCAUUUCAUGAUUUGGCGUACCACGGUCAUUCCUUGUAUUAGUACAGAAAGCGCUCUCUAGACUAAACGCAGGCCGGCUUUCCGCUCUGUUCCCCAUCCUGAACUAUGCGUGGCAUUCAU